AUGGUGGGGAGUCAACAAACUGGUGUCGAGGAAACAUCAACCCAGCCUCCUAUGCUAACCCCGUCCGAAUUUAAAGCUUAUAACAGACUAGCAGACCACAUGGAUUUAUUCCAUAACAAUUUCCGCAGGAUGUGGAACGAGAUCUACAGCGCCUGCACCAACAACAAACGCCCCAGCCACCAAUCCAUCCACGAAUUCCUCAACCUCGCCGAAUCUUUCUGUACUCAACUCACCCUCCACCAUGCAAUCGAAGAGCGGCACUUUUUCCCCGAGCUAGCCGCGCGAAUGCCAGAGUUUCGCGAGGAUCUUGUCGGCCAGCACCGUGAGAUUCAUUACGGACUAGACAAAAUGCAUCUAUAUGUGAAGAUGUGUCGCACUGGCGAGACCGAGCUCCAGCUUUCCCAUCUGAAAGCUUUGAUGGAGAGCUUUGGGGAAGUUUUAUGGGCACAUCUGGAUGAUGAGGUUAGAGCUUUGGGGGCGGAGAAUAUGCGGAAAUACUGGAAUUUUCAGGAGAUGGCUGAAUUGUAUCAUUAG